AUGCUAGCAACCAAUAAUACGUGGAAAGCAACUUAGCAACCAAUAUUUAAAUGAUUAAAUCUAACUUGUAGCAGGGGAACACCAUUAUAAUCAUCAUAUUUGCAACAUCAGGAUUCAUAUACUUUGGAAGCAAGAUGAGCAUGGAAACAGAAAAUGUUGUCGCGCGCCUCAAGAGUUCUGGAUUGUUUCGAACCAAAGGUCUUAUCGGAGGGAAAUGGAUUGAUGCAUAUGAUGGGAAGACCAUUGAGGUUUACAACCCUGCUAAUGGGGAAGUUAUAGCUUCUGUUCCGUUCAUGGGUGAGAAGGAAACAAAAGAUGCGAUUUCUUCAGCCUACGAUGCUUUUCGCGAUUGGAGCAAGCUUACUGCUUUUGACCGAAGCAGUCGCCUCCAUAAAUGGUAUAACUUACUGAUUGAACAUAAAGAAGAGCUUGCACAGCUUAUAACUCUCGAACAAGGAAAACCUCUAAACGAAGCCAUUGGAGAGGUUGUAUAUGGGGCUAGUUUCAUUGAGUUCUAUGCAGAGGAGGCUAAACGUGUUAACGGUGAUAUACUUCCGUCACCAAUGCCUGACCGCCGCCUGUUUGUUCUAAAGCAGCCUGUCGGUGUGGUUGGCGCGAUCACUCCAUGGAAUUUCCCCUUGGCAAUGAUUACCAGGAAGGUUGGACCUGCUCUUGCCUGUGGAUGUACGGUGGUCAUAAAGCCCUCUGAGCUCACACCGUUUAGCGCCUUAGCAGCAGCUGAGCUGGCCAUUCAAUCUGGAAUCCCACCUGGUGUCCUAAAUGUGGUCAUGGGAGAUGCACCUAAAAUCGGAAAUUCUCUACUUGAAAGCCGACAAGUAAGAAAGAUAACAUUUACAGGUUCAACAGCUGUCGGAAAGAAACUAAUGGCUGGUGCAGCUGAGACUGUUAAAAAGGUAUCUCUUGAACUUGGUGGUAAUGCACCUUUCAUAAUCUUUGAUGAUGCAGACCUGGAAGUGGCAGUAAAAGCGAGCUUGGCAAGUAAAUUCCUUUACACUGGACAAGCAUGUAUAUGCACAAAUAGAUUACUUGUGCAAGAAGGCAUAUAUGACAAAUUCAUGAACGCCUUCUCAAAUGCCGUUAAGAGCCUUAAAGUCGGCGAUGGUUUUAGCGAAGGUGUGGCCCAGGGACCACUUAUCAAUGAAGCUGCUAUACACAAGGUUGAGUCAUUAGUGCAAGAUGCUAUCUCAAAGGGAGCAAAAGUGGUUGUGGGGGGUAAGAGGCAUAGCCUAGGGUUGACUUUUUAUGAGCCGACAAUUAUAAGUGAUGUCAAGAAUGAGAUGCUCAUAGCAAGGCAGGAAAUAUUUGGACCAGUUGCACCUGUUAUACGGUUUAAAACAGAAGAAGAGGCUAUACAGAUUGCUAAUGACACUGAUGCAGGAUUAGCUGCUUACUUGUUCACAAACAAUAUUCAGCGUUCAUGGCGCGUAUCUGAAGCUCUUGAAUAUGGUAUUGUUGGAGUAAAUGAGGGACUGCAUGCUUAUGAGGUAGCACCAUUUGGAGGUUUUAAGCAGUCUGGUCUAGGACGGGAAGGUUCUAAAUACGGAUUAGAUGAUUUUCUUGAAAUCAAGUGCAUUUGUAUGGGAAACAUGGGCUGAUACGGAUCUCGAGGGUCUCCAUCGUCUGACCUGGGGACUCAUGUUGAUAGUUGAAGUAAUUUGGGUUUUAUUUCUGUUAUAUUUUCCAAUAUGUGAAUAAGAGUUCAAAGGCUCCAUAUUCUUAUAUAAAUAUGUAUUCGAUUUGUAAUUUGUUACUACAUGUCUCAAACAAGAUUAAAAAAAAUACAUCUUUUAAUAACCAAUAACAUAAUGAUUAGUAAA